CCGAACACAAACAUGGCCAACGGCCCACCUACACGCAACUUGUUGCGCAUUGUGUUGGACAAUUUUCUGAAAUCGUUUCGACCGCGACAGAUGAAGGGAAACUACGUCGGCGAAGAUUAUUUUGGCAAUAAAUAUUAUGAAAUUCCGCCCGAUCCGUCCGUUGGCCGUCGUCGUGCUUCACGCUGGUUCGAGCCAACUGCUAAGGAAGCGUACGAUCAGGAAAUAACUGCCGAAUGGGAAGCUUGGCUAAGGGGCCGCAGGAAGGAGCCACCGACGGAGCAGGAAUUGUUAAAAAAUUUAGCCAUCAUGAAAAUGAAAGAGCGUAACGCAGCUGAGCUAGAAGCAAAGUACAGUAAGCCAAAGGAUGCAGCUGCGCUGGAACAACAGCGAACCGGUAUGGGAUCGUUCCCGCAGUACGACGACUACGAAGUUAUGCCCGGGAAAGGAAAACACGAAAAGUAAAAAUA